CUUUAUUUUCCCGCGCUGCGCGUGUUCGCGCUCGUCUUCUGCUGCAGCGAGUGGCGUUCGUGACGUCAUCCUGCUGGAGCGGCUGCUGGACACGGGCGGAAAAAGGACACAGAUCUGCGAGGACAAAAGGUUGGAACUCCAAGGAAGACCAGAAGAGAAAGAGCACCAGAAAGAGACAUAAGAGUAGUCAAGGACUUAUUGAAGAACAAAUUCAAGAAAGUGUACAUUGUGACUUAGAAGGAGAAUGUGUGAUGAUCCUUCCUCAGCCCCUACAAAACCCAGCUUAUCCGAGAUGAGUGGUCCUCUGUGGUGCCCAACCACUGUACCUGCCUGCUCUUGGCAGUGCUUGGUGACGUGAGCAGAUUGCUCCAUCCUGGCAGCCACGGGAGCUUGGAAUGGCCUCUUUGGACCUCCCGUACCGCUGUCCUCGCUGUGGGGAACACAAGCGCUUUCGAAGCCUGUCCUCUCUGCGUGCCCAUCUGGAGUACAACCACACCUACGAGACCUUGUAUGUGCUUUCCAAAUCCAACAGCGUUUGCGAUGCCGCUGCGCUAAUCCCCCUAGUGGCCGACGGUGCCCUCGCUGCCGAAUCUCGUUUUCCAUACCGCGAGCUUCCCUGCCCUGGUGAAGAGCUUGGCCUUGCCCACUCCUCUACUGCUUGCUACUUGCCCAAUGUAGAGUUUCCCCUGGGCGAGAUCAUAGUGAAGACAGCCAUGAGCUCCAGUGAUGCCUUGACCUCCACUGCGAACAACGCUGUCGCGGUGGCUGCUAAUGUGGCUGCCAGCGCGAUGGAAGCGGCUUAUGAGGAGGGCCUGGCUAGGUUAAAAGCUCGAGCUUUUGAGAGGUUAGAGCUGGAUGAGAGGCUGGAGAAGCUGUCGGAGGAGGUGGAGCAGAAGAUAGCAUCACGUGUCGGCCGUCUGCAGGUAGAGCUGGAGAGGAAAAGCUCAGAGCUGGAAAAGGCCAAGCUGGAAAGUGAAAGGCUUAGUCAGGAGAAACAAGACUUAGAGGACAAGGCCACUGAGCUUUCACGGCAGGUGGAUGUUUCUGUGGAGAUGCUAGCCAACCUUAAGCAGGAUCUAGUUAACAAGGAACAAGAGCUGUCACACAAACAACAAGAGGUGGCCCAGAUUGACCAGUUCCUGCAGGAAACAGCUGUACGUGAAGCCAAUGCAAAAAUGCGUCUUCAGCAGUUCAUCGAGGAGCUGUUGGACCGGGCAGACCGCGCUGAAAAACAGCUCCAGAUUAUUAGCAGCUGUGCCACCACCCCAAAUGGCAGUCUGGGACACUGUAGCCUUCAGGGAUCCAAACCCAAUUUUCGACAGAGAAAUUCCAUUGUCUCUGGGGUAUCGAGGGGAAUGUACCAAGUUUCUGAUAGACGUUCCUCGCCAAGCACUGCAGCAUCAAGACAAGUAAAGUCUGUGUCUCAAGGCUCAGGAGGUUAUGACAGUGACAAUGUGGACUUCCAAGCUCUGGAGGACUGCCCUGAUGCUCAGUACUUCCACGUCCAGUGCCGACUUGGGUUGGGAGGUGGAGGAGGUUACGAAAGGGCAGCUGCUUCCCAGAGCUGGGGUCUCCGCAAACAGGCCAUCCAGAACUGGCAGCGCCGGCCAUACCGGAACAGCACGGAGGGAGAGGAGGGCGAUGUAUCCGAUGUGGGCUCCCGCACCACAGAGUCCGAAGCAGACUUGUGGGAGCAAGACAAGCGAGCAGACUGCCAGCAGCACAGGGGAAGCCGUGGAGGAUACAGACAAGCUACAGGUCAUUCUGAAAGGGGGUACAAGCCUUGCCGCCAUGAGAAAAGUCCCUCUAAAUUCAGUGAGGUGAUCAGUCCUGAGGUGCUAAAGAUUCGAGCUGCUCUGUUCUGCAUCUUCACCUACCUAGACACUAAGACACUCCUGCGGGCAGCCGAGGUGUGCCGGGAUUGGAAGUUUGUGGCACGUCAUCCAGCAGUGUGGACCAGAGUGCUGCUGGAGAACGCUCGCAUCUCUUCAAAGUUCUUGUGCACUCUGUCUCAGUGGUGCACACAGACCCAUUCCUUCAUCCUGCAGAACCUCAAACCCAGGCAGAGGGGCAAAAAAGAAACAAAGGAGGAAUAUCUGAAGAGCACACGUGGGAGUCUGGAGGAAGGUCUGGAGGCCUUGCUGAAAGCCACUGGCAGUAAUCUACUCAUUCUGAAAGUAUCUCAUUGUCCUAAUCUAUUGACUGAUCGCUCUUUGUGGUUGGCGAGCUGUUAUUGCCGAGCACUACAAGCUGUCACAUACAGAAGUGCUACUGACCCUGUGGGACAGGAGGUUAUCUGGGCAUUGGGAGCUGGUUGCAGAGACCUAAUUUCACUACAGGUGGCGCCAUUACAUCCAUGUCAGCAGCCAGCACGCUUCAGUAACAGGUGCCUGCAGACCAUUGGCAGAUGCUGGCCACACCUCCGAGCUUUGGGUGUGGGUGGGGCUGGCUGUGGCAUACAGGGAUUGGCCUCUUUGGCAAGGAACUGCAUGAGGCUACAGGUGCUGGAACUGGACCAUGUCAGUGAGAUAAAUCAGGAGGUGGCUGCUGAGAUGUGCAGAGAAGGUCUGAAGGGUCUGGAGAUGCUGGUUCUCACCUCCACUCCUGUAACUCCUAAAGCUUUGCUCCACUUUAACAGUGUGUGUCGUAACCUAAAGUCGAUUGUAGUGCAGAUCGGUAUAGAAGAUUACUUUGAAGACCCCAACAGUCCUGAGGCCAGAAAACUCUUUGACGAAAUGGUGAACAAGUUGCAGGCAUUGAAGAAGAGACCUGGUUUCUCCAAAAUCCUCCAUGUGAAGGCUGAUGGCUUGUGUUAAUGCUGUUGUACUGAGGCCAGAGCCACAUUAAGAUUCUCCUAACAUGAUCGAGUUAUUCUGUCCUCAACGAAAUGAAGAAGAAUCAAACACUUCAGUUUGAACCUAAACACCAGUCUACCAUAUCAAGUUGGGAGCACAUCUGUUAGUGCUUUGACAUGCAAAAACAGGGGUUUAUAAAGAAAGCAUCAACAAUCUCUACAAGAAGGAAUGAACACUUGCACUGGAUGCUGUUCCAGUUAAACAAACACUCGGAAAUACAGUCAAACCUAAUUCAAAACAGAAUACAGAGGCUUUUUCUCCUAAAUGCCAAAUUGUAAUUAGAUCCCAGAGAACAUAUCUCUCUUCAUAGCACAGAGCUGCAGGUGGGAGCAGGCCGGUUGACAUUUUUACGACUUGCAACAUAAAAUCAACAUUAAAAUCCAAAUAGCACAAAUUAAAAUGCACAUUUGAGGCAGGGGUAAAUUAAUAAGAUGUGUUCACAAAUGUGGGUGUGUAUUUGUGUGAUCAACACAAUUGCUUCGCUAAUAUUCAGCAACAGCUGCAAAGAGACAGAUUUAUUCAUUACUUGGCACUUAAGAGCAUUACGCUGUAAACUUGAUGCACCGUUCAGACAUAUAUUACUAGGACCACCUCAGUAUAUCAUAAUCACCAGCUUCAGACAUGGCUUACUGAGACCCUUAUUUAGGGAUGCCGUGUCUCCAUAGAAACAUAUAUUAUUCGCAGCUAUCUUGUGCUCAUAAGUGGGAGUUCAAACAGAAUGAAGAAGCCAAUAAACACAAGAACUUCUCCUCUGGCAAUUUGUUCGCACAUCAGCUUCUUUGCCUCAUUCAUGCCAGACCCUCCAGCAGUUUAGUCAUACUUCCAAGACCAGAGUAACUCUGGCAAAGAGUUGUGGCUCUGAUUUCUGUUCAUGCUGUUGUUCUGUAAUGGGGUUCCAGAUUCGCAAUGCCUUUUCCCAAUGUGCCAUUAGCCAAUCAAUGGAACUUCAAAGGUAAUUAAGUCAUACCAUACCAGGUGUGAACUUAUCAAAAGGUAACAUAAGAGCAAAUUCGUGUGGUGGGGGAAUGGGACAAAUCAAUAUUCAGAUGUUAUGGUGUUGUCAUUCCAAUGUACUUUCACCUCAAAUAUGUAUGUCUAAAUCUCUGUAUCACUGACCGUUCAAACUAUGAUGAUGAACCCAUAUCUUAUAUUGUUUUCUAUGGAACUCAGGCAGGUGCUACUGAGCAGAUCAGAGAAGAUUAACAUCGCUUCCCCUGAUCUGCUCCAGUUAAUAGGACACAUUCAAAUGGGCUAUUUACACCAAGGGCAGUUUUGCAUCCAUCUGCACAAUUGUUUUUCAGUUAUUUUUCUAUGUAAACAUGCGCUAGAUGGGUGUCUUUGACAGUUGUACGGAAUCUCACAGUUUUAGCAGCACUUUUUCGAUGCUGUGAAAAGAGACACUUGCAUUCUAUUCUGUUCUAUUCACGGCACUGCAUCUAGCUUUGUUUAUCGAAAGAAUGCGUUUGGUCUUAGCUGACCCAUAAGUGUUUUAAAUGUAGAUACUGAGAUUUGGACAAUUCUGAGAAUGAGUUCUGAAUGUAGUCACAGCACUAACCAAUAAGGAGGCAUUACAUACGGUAUACAUCUAUGAAGGGACAAAAAUAUUUACAGGUAUUAUAUGAAUCUUUUCAGACUCUGCAAGAACUUCACUUCUUAUGUCUCUACGCCAGAUUUUGGCAUUGGUUUUGUAAAUAGACCUUUAGUUGUCUAAACUAGGAAAGAAGAUAUAAUAAUUGUCAUGAUAGGCCAGUUUAGCCAUGUCAAACUACAAAAUCAAAAGGUCUAGAUAGGAAAUGAUUCUGCACUGCUGAGAUUAAAUUAAUUUUCAUGGUCUUGCUCUCUGUCAGCAUUGUGAAGUUAAAUUGUUCUGUUCAAUAAAUCUCUGCUGUUUUCAAAGGGAAAAGUUUAGAUGUCAACCAAGAUAGAAUUCCAAAAUUUAAGUCUGAUUCUGAGAGCUGACAUUUGUUUUCUAUGAACAAUAAGUGAUAUGAUAUUAAACAGCCUGAUAUAAUACAGCUCCAAUCCAGAAGUAAAAUCAGAUAUUCUAACAUUUUAAUGUAGAAUAGAAAAGACAGAAAAGAGUAUAGUACUUUUGAAACAUGUCAAUAGAAAGAGUUUACUGUUUGAAUGGGGGGUUUCACUAAUAUUAUCUGAUUUCAUUAUUGGCUGCUCUCACGGCUGAAAUCGCCAGGAUUCCUACGACUUUUCUAAAUGUGGCUAAUUUGUAUGAUAUUGUGCGACUGCACUCGCUUGAAUACCUAUGACUUUCACUACAGCCAAUGACGUUGCUAGACAUCGUUUCCAUCUAAUACACAAACAACAGCUUCCUAUCAUGUUUAUACACAUUACUGAUUGAUAAGGUUUAGAAAGGUUUUGGGUAAGGGCAUAAUAUCAGUAAGUAUGUCCUUAACGCUGUCGGCGCUGAACUCAUGCUUACUUCCGCAUUAGACAUUUGGGAAUUUGCACGUGAUGAAGUACAAGUUUUUGUGAACAACAUAGUGCGAUAACAUACAAAAUAGC